CACGGCAGCGUGUAGCAAUUGAACGUCUAGACCUGGGUUCCAUGAACGGGUCAUGGCGAUCAGAAAGAGGAUGAGCUCCGUGAACAGGGGCGGACGCUGUACUCUGGGCGCAGAGAUGUAGAUAGGACAAGUUGUGUAUGUGUUUCUAUGUUUCUAUGUUUCUAUGUACUUCUACAAGAAGAAAGAAUUGCGCAACGGGCGGACUUUGUCGGGUUUUCGGGCGUUGGUCUUGGCGGAGAUUGAGUGUCUAGAAUUUGACCAGAAACCCAAUAAAGGACAAAGGGGCUGUUCACAACGGGUGCGAGUGUGGGAGGAAGCUGAUGCAAUCGGUGGGCUCGUGAGUACCCGCUGGGUAGAAGGGAAUAAAGAGUGAUAUCUGUCGCGCCUUAUCUCCCGAGCUCCGUCUCCGUCAGCGAGAGGAUGUCGCUGCGACGACAGGUGCCUUCUGUGGGCGCGGGAUAGUUUAUCUCGGGUAUAUUUGCGUAUAACACAUUGAUUGUAUGCGCUGCGAGUGCAGAUCUGGAUCAACUGCCUAAAAUGCAUUCAUUUUUCCAUUAUCGCACCGCCCCUCAUGAUGGUCCCUAAGCACUCCAAGAUCCAUCGGGCAGCGGGUCCGUUCCCUCCCUCUGGUGUCCACCCUUGUCGCUGGCGACGACGGGUAGGACUGUUGUUGUUGUGGCCGAAACAUAACGGCAUUGCCAAAGGAAGGAGGCGACAAAGAAAGGAUGAGCGCCGCCUGAUCUAUUUUAGAUCAGGAGUACAGUACGGGUAGAUGUUAGCGGGGUGUCCAGGGGUCCCGCGAAUUUAAAGAAGGCAGAAGGCAAGAGGCUUCUGAGACUGAUAUGGAAAGUGUGUCCCACGAGUUGCAGUGUAUCUAUUGAACACCGUCAGCCAGAGAGUUGUAAGUGGAACGAGUGCAAGUGCUCCCUUGAGUCCCUUCGCAGUCUCUACACUCUCUGCCUUUCUCCGUCUCCGCCAUCAACAACGACGACGACAACGACAGCCACCUACACAUAGGUCAUGACCGACUCUGACAAUGCUGCCUCCGCCGCCAUACCGAUCCCCGCUCCCAAUGUUCAGCGUCUCCCCGUCUUACUCCCUCGUCCACAUCCACAUCAGCCCAUCCGCGCUAUAGAUGCCGAUGCCUUCGCGGAUAUCCAUCUUGCUCACCUCACCAGUGAUGUUCCCGACUCCGUCUUAUUUCCCUUCUUGCAUGGCCUUGAGGGCGACAACUACCAACAGAACUCUUUCUUCGCUGCCUCCAGUGGUCUCGAUCUCGGCAUACGUCGUGAUGUAGAUCCUUCGAACCCAUACCCUUCCCGUAUGCAUACGCCUCAUGUUGUGAAGGUACCAGAGUACCGUGGUCUCAUGUGGGUCGCCUGUGAGGGAGACGAGCACCAGGCGAACGGAGGUGCACGAGAGGGAGAUGUCCUCGACUCUGACGAGGACCUCGAAUUCGACUCUGACGAUGAAUAUUGCCAGGGCGAGAGUGAGGAUGACUUUGAGAUAGACGGGCGCGGAGAGCUAAUGCAGGUAGACGAUGGAGACGCACAUGUUGACGUAGUCACUUCUGAGGACGCAUCUACGACCGAGUCCCAGCUCGACGCUCAGUCAGAGGAUGCCCACAUGCAUCCCCAGACGUUCCGCAAGCCCUCUGCAACCGCUCCGAUAGCGAUUCAUUCCGCGCACAACCACACUUCGUACUUCACCUCUUCGUCACCAUCACAUCACACGAAUAUGCAUGCUCACGGUGCACAUGCCCCGCAUACAAUAAGGUUCCCCACAUCUGAGUCUUCGCCUGCGCUCAUGGAUCACAGCCCUGACUCCGAAGAGUUGGAGAAUGAACCGCACGACCGCCGCCUGUCUACUUCUUCCUCUAUUGCGACUUCUGACUCUUCGUCAUCCGUCUCGACAUCUGCUAGCGAUUCCGCUCACUCGCACUACGGAUUUAGCACAAGCGCGAGCUACUCGACUACCGCUUCCAGUGUUGGGCAACUCAAAGACCUUGAUACUGAUGCCGACUCAGCCUCCCCAACUACUGAGUCCCCGGUGGACACAGAAUCGACAGCCUUGACAACGCCCUGCACGAGCCCUUUAACAGAUGUCGCCAUAGAUGAUUGUAUUCCAAUUUUGGAGCUACAGACGGAUUCCGGUGAUGUUUCAUCGGCUGUGCCACCGCAAGCGUCAGGUGACAUGAGUACAGCAACGGUCGCUACCCCAAAGGCUUCUGCAGACACUUCGUCAGACUCUACUUCAAUUCCCCUGUCGCGUCUUCCUUCCAUGCGAACGAUCUUUUGACGAUGGACCCUCAUACCGGGGAAUGCAUGUUCGUGGCUCCGCAAGUACCGAGUGGGAUAAGCCUGCGGAAUUUCGGCAUACAAGUGGUGAGUACAAUUUAUCAAUUAGUACGAUGCUUUCCUGUCCUGGCGAAAUUAUCCAUGCGGGAAUACCCCUUGAGUGAUUAAUGCCGCGUGGGAAGGAAGGCCGGAUACUUCAUCUGUGCGCAUACAUGCACAUGUGUUCGAUCCGGUCGUGUCCUGAAUUUUCUUCAGCAUAUAUGCUUACAAUUGUACCGUCAUAGCCAAUAUAUGCCACACUUUCCGACAUUGUCGUAUAUAGUGUGAGCGCGACACCGGCGGCGACCCGUGCGGCAUUCGCACUUGCUGAAAAGUUCAAAUUUGCAAUUGAACGUAAAGCGGCGGAACGGAAGAGGAAAUAUGAGGAGGCUGGUGUGGAGGUUGUCUGGAUUCGGCAGAGUCAGUAUGGAGAGGCGACUCCUGUUGAGGAAAAGGAUGCGGUUAAGAUUGUGUGUCCUGGUUCUGCUAGGAGCGAGGACGCGAUGGAGGUUGAGGACUGCGGGACACGUACGCACUCGAGGGAGCCGCAGCGCAGCGAGAGUGGGCGCCCGCGUGCAUACCUGGUUGCGUACAAUGUCUUCGUCCUUACCGAUCCGCUUCACGUCCUUGCUAAGAAAGCGCCUUGGCUGGUCAAUCGCCUACCAGACCCAAGUGAUGAUGCCUCGAAUGAGGAAGAUUUCUUUGCUUCGCGUCUGCAUGGUGUGAUCCGGAAGGACACGACUGCGGCUGAACCCAUCGCACCGACGAAACCCGACGGAACUGCGAACGACUUCACUGCGGAGCACCUACCCGAGGCUGCUAUUCUCCCUGCCAUCGACUUCGCGCAGCGUGAGCGUGACGAAAUGCGAGAGCUCACGAAAGCAACGGAGAUCAUUGAUGAUUGCGUCUAUUUGGGGAAUGUCAAGGACUGCGUCCCGCUGUACCAUACUGAUGAGUUGGAACUCGCGCGCUAUAAAUGGUUGCGAGAGACUGGCGAAUGUGCGAAAGGGAAAGCCGCGGAGUCGAGUCUCGCCGGACAAGAAAGGUUGAUCGAUGACCCAUUCGACAACUCGGAUAAUCCACAGGGCUACGACGUCUGCAUUGAGUGCCGCGACCCAGCCACGCUGGUUACGGAUGAGCAAAUCCGAGCUGCAGAGGCUCACCUUUCCACGUUAGACGCAUUGUGGGCAGCUCGACAUCGGUCUCACUCGAGCGAGGGUGUAAUUCCAUCUGUGUGUCCACCGCGCCCACCUCCGUCCGCCUCUGCAGUUUUACAUUUGUCAUUCCCUGCUUCACCGCCGUGUUUGACGUAUACGCACUGGCACGUAAUGCCAUUCUUGAACUUCCUCGCUGGUUUGGUGUCACCGCAUCAUGGCUCACCCUCGCGGCCGAAGCGUAUACUAAUCUACAGUGUGGAUGGUUAUACGGAGAGUAGCGUGCUUGCUUUGUUUUUGUUGAUGAAGGUCCGCGGGUUGGACCUGCCAGAGGCGUACUUGGAGCUUCAGGUAUCCAAGGGACGCUCAUUCUUCGUGUACCAAUCAGACCUCAUCAUACUCAAGCGUGUUGAAGCGCAAUUGCGGAAAGAGCGUGCCGCGUUGACUGCGGCAGUACCAAGCUUUGGCUUAUCCCGAAGUAAUGCGGCUUCGCCAAGUCCAAACCGCGGGGAACGGUUUAACUGGACUCGCACGUGGAACGUGGCACGCGAAACGGGAGCAUCACACCCGUAUGCUCGUUCACCAAGCAAUUCUAUUAGCUACCCAUCGUCGGUGGGUCAUGAACAGGCGUUGAGCGCCCCUCCCAUUGUUGUCCCGAGCCAGGGUUACGGCGAAUUCUCGUCUCCUUUGCCAAGGCGGCCGCGCGCACAGACUAGUCCUUUCUUACCCCCGCAUGUUGACCAUCAGACUUGGUUCAAUGACCCACGAUUCGAUGGCAGCUUCCCGAGUCGAGUCUUACCUUUCUUGUACCUUGGCAAUUUGGCACAUGCACAGAAUGCGUAUAUGCUCCACGCAUUGGGCAUAACUCAUGUCGUUUCUGUUGGGGAAUGUGCGCUUGUGCCCCCGACAAACAUCGCAACAGAUGCUUCCUCGGGCGGAUAUCAUCUUGUUGCUGGUAGAGGACGGGGAGGACAUGGUUCCUUAUGGAUGGAGGAACGUGAAGGACGCAUCAAGGUCCUCGACAUAAAAGGUGUCUGUGACGAUGGUAUCGAUAGUCUGCAGCACCAACUAGCUCCUGUAUGUGAGUGGAUGGAACGUGCUCGUGAGGAGGGUGGAACGAUUCUCGUACAUUGUCGUGUGGGCGUUUCGCGGAGUGCAACGGUUACUAUUGCCUAUGUGAUGAAACACUUGCAGAUCCCCCUUGUUGAUGCGUACCUCAUCGUGCGCUCCCGGCGGUUGAAUGUGCUCAUCCAGCCUAACAUGAGGCUACUAUACAAUCUUUGUGGCUGGGAGGUCGAGCUGGCUCGCGAACGAGCUAAGGGCGAUACGAAUAAAUUCCGACGCGAACUUGCACGGAGUAUUAACUGGCCUUUCCUUGCACGGGAGGUGCACAGGCUGAACGAAAAAUACUUGCAUUAAUCGAUUUAUACGAGUUUCGAGUCGUUCUGUUCUGUUGUUUCUGCUACGAAAAUGGUUUGGAAACAGAAGAGGGCAGGUUGAACCUCACCCAUUCAUGACGUCCUUCCCUGCCUUACUUUCCCUCAUCACAAUUCUAAAAACAAUUCGGAAAUUGUUUGUCUCUUGCGCACGCAUCCGCAUACUCGUCCAUUCUGUUUAAAGUUUCUUCCCCCUCCUGACUCCUGAUAUCCAUAUCCAUACAGCAUGCUUUUAUUCCCAGACUCAGAUAUCGUCCCCGUCGUUGUUGCAAUUUCAUAAUUGGAACGUUUCUCGACGACGGACAUCCUCAUGUUACCCUCUACCUUUUUCUUGGUCCUCCUCGUAGUUGUGUGUCUGUCCGCUCGUAGUUGUAGUCAUCGUCACCAUGUAGUCGCUUGGCCUGUGUGUUGUUUCUUGUUGCCUGUUGUCCUCCAUCCACUCUUGUCACCUGUGUUCAAAACCUGUUUAGCACUACCCAUCAUCACAUGAGACUGCACGUCUCCUCUCUGUAGCACUAUACAAUUGUCUCUGUUUUUUGUUCGUGUCAGUUAGCAUCAUCCAUUUGCCCACCUGUUCCACCCUACGUAGCCUACCAAUCGUUUCAGUAGCUCGUUCACGUCAAUAUCCCAUUGUAACUGUGUUUUUUUCCCUCGAUUGUGUCAGAGUUCAAGGCGUUCAUUCAUUAUUAUUGGCAUUCAUUGUGCAUCAUUCAUUCGUCGUUCAUUGUCCAUCGUUCAUUAACACCCACCCAUCAACAUGCUUUUCAUAUACUGUACUUCAGUCUCUUUAAAACUAUCCGAUUCCGGUUGAUCAUCGUUCUCGUCAUCGUCAUCAUCAUUUGUCCAUCCCAGCUCGUUCCAAUCGUUGGCUUUCCUCUCCUGUUUCUUUCCUUUAUUCUUUCCUUCUUUCUCGCUCGACUAUUGUCUUUUUCCCUUAUUAUAUUAUACUGUAUAGUGCUACAGUAGCGACGUUAAACCUCUCUCUUCUCUCCUCUCACAUGUAUAUUCACUUUUCUUCUGUGCAGUCUUCGCAACCAACCUCCC